AUGUAUGUGAAAUGGUUUGAUACAGUAAUGUUUUACCAUGUGAUUUUAGUGAAUGUCACUUUUUGUCAUUUUCAAAUUUCCCACAGUUCCGUCCCCGUAAGUCCCGACGUCGCAGGAGACGGAACCCAGAAGACAGAUGCCGACAUCCACCAGAGGACAUUACAGGGGACACUGCAGGAGGGACAUCGCGGGAGCGCAGGACAAGGUAAGAGAAGAACAGAUCCCGGAGCAGCGCCGCAUGGUAAGCCCGAGUGUAGCUCGGGGUUACCGCUUGUGCUACACUCGGGAAUACCUCCAGGGAGGCUACAA